AGUCACCGUUUUAUUUUGAGGUUAUGGCAAGUACAUUCCAAGAUUUUUAAGUAAUUUUACUGUAAUUUUACUACUUUUACUUUAAUCAGCCGGGAAUCGUUUCAGUCGUGUAUUGUGAACUGCCAAAAGUUUCAGAAUGAAUUGUGACAAUCAAGAAUCGUUUUCACCCCAGUUAUAGAUUUACCUCACUCGAGCCUCACUUUGUUCAAUAUCGUCGCACUAAUAAAAUGUCUUGCACAGUUAAACUGAAAAAUAUGAAUCGACUCACACCACUGUUACUUUCUAAGAAAAGCCCAUCAAUUUGGUUUGAUCGUGGCCUAAAAAUUUCUGCAGUCUUCGGCAGUCAAUUGAGUGAUGAAUUUCCAAUCAAAUGGACGCGUCCAGAGAAGUUAAAAUUCUACGAUCCAAGGGUGACCGGUGAUUUAAAACCUCUGCCUCCACUACCUUUGGACAAAUUGCCCAAAGCUUAUGAAGAUCUCGAAGAAAUGAAAGAUGCUCAUCCUUUGGUGAAACUAGUAUUUUCUUGUGGGCAUCAAGGUAGAAGAGUUGCUGCAGCAGAGGUGAAAGAAGAGAUGCUGAACUCAGUCAAAGCUCAUGAAUUUGACACAACAUCAAUGGAGGCUAAAAUUGCUCGAUUGACGUUCGCUAUUCGCAACAUUCAAGAUCACUUGUACAAAUAUGGCAACAACCCUAUAGUGAGAAAAGUUGGUAAUCAUGCCAUUAACAAAAGGAAAGAAUACCUUUGCAAGCUAAGGGAAUAUGAUUAUAAAAAGUUUGAGUGGCUGUUAGAAAAAUUAGAUCUCGAAUUCAAACCUCAUCCCUUGGAUGAAUUGAGGGAAGGAGGGACAGGAUACAUCAGGAUUGAAAGGAAAGAAUCAAUUAGAAAGUUGACAACUUUGCAUUGCGAAGAUAUCCUGAAGAAAAAGUGGCUCGACUACGAAGAGCAAUUGGAAAAUGAAAAGCGAGACUUCCUUAAGAGGAAAGUGGACACACUGAAAUGGGCCCGGCAGGAGCAGAUAGAUUGUAAAAUGGAGCCAACCAUCAGUGAAGAAGAUAUAAAGAAUGCCGAGAUUCAACUGGAGGAGUUCCUGAAGGAAUGGUAUGCAAAAGAAGCGCUAAAACCUGUUCCCAAAGUUCGAAAGUAGGCUAUUGUAAAUCAUUGGCACCAAGCUGCACGUUUUUGUUACUUAUUUUCUAAGUUUUUAUUGAAAGAAUUAAACAUGUAUCUUUUGAAUUUACAA